AAGAAGCAGCAGAAACAGGUCCAAAGCCAGUUGAUCGAAUUAGUCAACAACCGUUCUAACGACAAUAAGUGUGGUGAGUGCGGUGCUACUUACCCAACUUGGGCCUCCUAUAACCUUGGUAUAUUUCUCUGUGGUAGGUGUGCUUCAUUGCACAGGAAAGUCUUGGGUCCUCCGCAGGAGAAUAUCUCUAAAGUCAAGUCAUUGACCUUAGAUGAUUGGCCCGCAGAGCAAAUUACAAACCUUCGUAAGAUUGGAAACAAGAAGGCAAAAAGAAAAUGGAAUCCCAAGAGAAUACCUUUCCCAUACGAUGCUGAUGAUGACAAAGACGCAGCAGAGAAGUAUUUGAGGGACAAGUACAUAUUGGGAUUGUUCCGCGAUGAUUCAAUUGACGCGUCAGACUACGAAGAUCGACUCAGCAAGUAUUCCGACGAGAAUGACUCAGUGAGAAAUGGUUUGUUUUCCAGAUCCCGGCUGAAUUCAUAUUUGGCCAAUAGUGGUGGUAGGUCUAGACUGAAUUCAUACAUCAAUAGUUCUUGUACUGGACGCCUGAGAUCAGGAUCCAAUGCGGCAAACAAGGCAGCUCUACCAAGGCUUUCUCAUAGAAAGCUUACUACCUUCGAAAACAGCUUGUAUCUGGGGCAAGUCUCAAAAAUUAUGGGCUUCGGAUAUAAGGAUAGAGAUACUGUCCUUGAAAGUUUGUUAUUGAGUAAUGGUGUAAUUGAUACGGCCCUAGAUAUCUUAGAAGAGGACACCAGAAUCAACCCUCUGCAAAGCGAGAUUCCUCCAGAUCUUCCUAAAAGACCAUCAACUACAAGCUCAGUGUCCAACCUACCUUCUAAAAGUCCCAUGCUGGAAGAUUGGUGGGCAUCGAAGCCAAGUGACACCCAGUCCAUCCCUGCUAUAGCGACCACUUCAGUACCACAACAAACUGGCGGAAUGCAACAGCAGCCACAAAUAUAUCAAUACACUGACCCUGUGACUGGUCAAAUUUUUUAUGUGGACUCUAAUGGGCAACAAUACUUGGACCCCAACAAUCCCCAACAUCAGCAACAGUUGAUUCAGCAGAAUAACCCACAGUUUACUUCCCAAGCCAGCAAACAGAGUAUUUUAUCGUUGUACAACCAACCAAACCAAUUUACUACAAACGUUGCAUAUCCAACAAACUCUGAUCAGCUACAGCAACAACAAUUACAACAGCAGCAUCAACAACAGCAACAACAGCAACAACAGCAACAACAGCAACAACAGCAACAACAGCAACAACAAAUACAACCUGGAAACUACCAAGGUUACUCUCCUUUCCAAAGCCAGCAAACAUUUGGACAGGUACAACCACAAUCACAACAAUCACAACACCAAUUUACUGGAUUUGGAACAUCCCAACAAACAGGUUAUAAUCCAUUUCCUCCUCAAAAUCAAAACCAGCAAAAUUGGAGAUAG